GGUUAUGUAGAAAUUGAGAGAGAGAGCGAGAUGGAUGAAGAGAAGGCUAAGGAGCUUGUUCUUGUUGCAAGGAAAGCUUGUUUCGGUCUCCCAACAGCUUGUCCUUCCUGCUUGCCUGUAUACUUUUAUCUCAGAUUCGCUGACGUGGCUUUCGAUUUGCAGUUCAAUGUAAUUCGACCUGAUGCAGAUCAAAUUCCAUAUGUUGAAUAUGGCAAUUAUGUGGCCUACAACAAUGAGAACGGUGGAGCCAUUGAAACUUUAAAAGAAGAUGGCAUUGUAGAUUUGGACUCUGGCCUCCCAAGUCACACCAUCCCUGAGUGGGUUUCAAUAAAGGCUAUGAUUAGUUCAUGGCUUGAUGAUGCAGUGGUGUAUGAACUCUGGGUUGGGUCUGAUGGAAGUACUGCACAUAAGAUUUAUUACUCUGAUCUCCCAUGGCCAAUUGGAAAGAUUCUGUACUUUAAACAAGUUUACACUGUGAAGCAGCUACUUGGCAUUACAAAAGUCAACACUGAGCGAAGAGAAGCUGAGAUUUAUAGGAGGGCAUCAAUUGCAUAUGAGGCACUUUCAACAAGGUUGGGGGAGCAGACUUUUUUCUUUGAAAACAGACCGACAAGCUUGGAUGCAAUAUUCCUUGGACAUGCCCUUUUUGUUACUCAAGCCUUACCUGAUACUUCAGUAUUGCGAAGCAAACUAUUGGGGCAUAGCAAUCUUAUAAGAUAUAUUGAAAAGUUUAAGAUGGAGUUCUUGGAAGCUGGUUCAUUGCCUUCAUCUCUUCCACGGCAGUCUCCAUUUGAGCCAUCAUCGUCAUCUACUCCAAGAAGAGGAGGUCCUUCAAGUUGGAGUUCGAAACCCAAUAGCAAACCCAAGAGGGAGAAGACAGAGGAGGAAAAAACCUUCAGGAGAAGAGCCAAGUACUUCUUGGCAGCACAAUGUAUUGCUGUCCUGGUUUUCCUCUCUCUCAUGGGAGGAUCUGAUGGUGCUGAAGUCGAAAUUGACGAUGAUGAUGAUGGCUUAAAUUACGAAGAGUGAGGUGGAGCAAUCUUGUAUCUGUUGUCUCAUUGAGGUUGGCGAUUCUUUCCUUUGUUACAAGCAAAAUGUGUAGCUACCUGGUGAGGAUGUUGUACUUCCUCAUUUCUUCAUUUGAGAAUGACUUCAUACCUUGAGAAUGUUCACGUUUUUUUCAUUCUUGCGUUUGAAAAUUUUGGUCUUAAUCAUUUGCAUUACAUCUGAUGGGUGAAUGAGAGAUUCUAUUUUUCCC